AUAUAGUGAAUGCAGGGUCCGGGAGAGAGCAGAUAUAGUGAAUGCAGGGUCCGGGGAGACCAGAUAUAGUGAAUGCAAGGUCCGGGGAGACCAGAACGCAGGGUAUAUAUAGUGAAUGCAGGGUCCGGGGAGAGCAGAUAUAGUGAACGCAGGGGUCCGGGGAGCGGAUAUAGUGAAUUCAGGGUCCGGGAAGAGUGGAUAUAGUGAAUGCAGGGUCCGGGAAGAGUGGAUAUAGUGAAUGCAGGGUCCGGGGAGAGUGGAUAUAGUGAAUGCAGGUUCCUGGGUGACCAAAUUUUAAAAAUGAAAUCCAUUGACAC